UGGGUGUGGAUGUGGAACCACUAUUAUAUGAGGUUAGGUUUGUGUUGUUUUUUGGUUAUCACAAUAUACUUUUGUAAGAUUUUUCAAAACAUCCUGCAUUAAAAGAUGGCAACAAAUUCAGAACCAAUUCAAGUCAGUUCAUUACCUCUACCACCAAUGCAGUAUAUAAAUCAGUAUACCGACGAAAUGUUAAGAAGAGGACGUACACCUCGGCCUCCUCCACCGAUUCACGACCAGUACCACAUGUUCGGGAACGCGUUUAAUACAGAAGAAAACAUCAUUCGUCCCCUCGAGAGUCAGGGUAUCAAACGUCUUUAUCCUAUGCAUUUCGAUCGGCGUCGCGAAUUGAAAAAACUCAAUCAGUCUCUACUGGCAAACUUCCUAGAUUUACUAGACUUAUUGGUCCACUGUCCGGAUUCACCGCGCCGAGCCGAGAAGGUGGAGGAUUUAAGUUUGCUGUUUAUUCACAUUCAUCAUCUUUUAAACGAGUUCAGGCCGCAUCAGGCCAGGGAAACAUUACGCGUAAUGAUGGAUUUGCAAAGAAGGCAACGCAUCGAAACUGCUCACAGAUUUCAGAAGCAUUUGGAUAAAGUUCAAGAAAUUUUACAGCAAGCACUACAAAGUCUGCCCGAAGCGAUGGAGGUAGAUUCUAAAACAUUAAUAGAAGCCGACCUAAUGAGCAAAGAUUGUUUGUUGCAAGAUAAUGGAAAAAGCGAUCCGUGUUAUAUUUUAGAUCGUAUUAUGUGUAAAGUUGUUGAUAACAUGUAAUUCUUUCUGGAAUUUUUGUAUUUAAUUUUC